UGUCAAGAAAUUGUCAGUUUCCCUAUAUAAUAUUAUACUCUUUGCUUGUCAGAAGCCAAUAAAAAUGGAGAUGGGUGGAAUGGAGAAAUAAAAAGUUAAAACGAACUUUACGUGACAAAACAAUAUAUAAUCAUGUCUAUAUAAUUACGUGAAUAACAAAAAGUAAAAUGAAUCUAAGCAAUAAAGACAACUCGUAUAAAGAACUGCGGAGACCUAACCAUGUAGUGUGUGAUUUGUGUGAUAAAGAAUUUAAGAAUAGGUUUGAGAGUAUAGUACACAACGCAUCACACAUUAUAAUACCUCUUUGGAUACAAUCAUUUCACAAAUGUGAUAUAUGUAACAUAUAUUGGACGUCGGUCGAAGAUUAUGAAAAUCACAAAUCCACCCAUCACUUAACUAAAACUAAACAUGCUAUAAACGGAAUUCAUUUAAUUAAAAAUGAAACUAGUAUAAAAGAAUAUAAAAAUAACGAUAAAAGUAAAGAUAAAGUAAAUGAAUGUCAUGUGAAAAUUGAAAAUGAAAUUGAAAUGAAUGUAAAACUCGAAGAUGAAUCAAUAAAACACAGGAUCAAGUUUGAAAAUGAUUCCUUUAACGAUGAACUUGUGAACACCUUUCAAGUCAGUGAACAAGUCUGCAAUCCGCUGUGGUCGCUUUCUAAGUACAAAGCGGAUUACUUAGUUAAUAAUAAGGAUGGAUCAGAUAAUAAAGAUAACAUUAAGAAAGAUGUAAUCGAUAAAUCCGUUCCGGCAAGCGUUAGUUAUUCAUCGUUAAUGAAACCUGGAAUAUUUAGUUGUAAAUACUGUUCUACCUCGUACCCUAAUCGAUUCUCAUUAAUAAAACAUGAAACGUCCCACCUGAAAAUAGUAAAUCGAUGUUCAUUCUCACUGUGCCUACAAUGUGACAAGUACAUCAUGAGCGGUACGGACGUUUCAAAUAGGCAUAGAGCUAAAUUUCAUAAAAAUGAUGAAGUAUCACGUACUUGGCACACUCGGACAUGCAAGCGAUGUCACUUGAGAUUUAGAAAGUAUAAACGCCACGUGAGAAAUUACCACGCACAUGAAUGCCACAAAUGUGGCAUUGAUUUUACUAACGCCAAGCAGGACGCGGAUCACAUCGAGCAACAAGCUUAUAACGGCAAGCAACAUGUGGAUCAUUGUGAGCAAAAUGUGAAUCAUUGCAAGCAAGAUGUGAAUCAUUGCAAGCAAGACGUGAAUCAUUAUAAGCAAAAUGUGGAUCAGAUGUACAAAGAUGUUAUCAAAACGAAGAUUAUAAGAGUGUGUGAUUUGUGUUACUCGUUUCUCAAGAGUCAGUCAAAUUUGAAGUAUUAUUUUAAAGGUGAAACCGAUGAUAAGUUAGGUGUGAGGUAUCCGUGUGAUAACUGCGGAAAGAAGUAUUUUGUGUUGAAAUUAGUGAUGCGAACACUAAAAUUCAGGCAGAAGCACAGAUAUCAUAAAAACAAGAGCCUCAUUAGUCAGAAUGAGGAUAGGUUAAAAAAUAUACAGCAUCGUUUUAAAAAAUUAAAUCUUUUGAAUAAGUUUUAUUUUGUCGUUUGAUUUUUGCUUCCUUUU